AGCGCUGGGUUAACAUCUCGGCUGGAUCGUAAACGCUGAGCAGCUCCUAUUCAGAGCCGGGCUCCUUCGCUCCGCAGCACCGGUACAGACAGCACGGUGGCCGCGAGGGUUAGUGCGCGCGCGCCCCUGCCGCUUCGCCUUCGCUCCCCUUCCUCCUCCCGCUGCUUCUCUGUCGACUCCCUGACUUUUCUUGACUGCAUGUUCAGCCACACUGUCGCCCUCUGCAUCUUCACUCGGUCCCCGCCGCAUCCCCGGCGAGCAUGGACAGCCGCGUCCUCGAGCAUCCUCACGCCCAGUUCGGAGGCUCCUUGGGCGGGCUGGUGGGCUUCCCGUACCCGCUCGGUGCUCAUCACCACCGCCAUCACCACCAGCACGUUUAUGAGCUGGCGGGCGGACACCAGCUGCAGUCCGCCGUCCCUUUCUCUAUUGACGGAUUACUAAACGGCUCCUGCUCGGCGUCUGUGGUCAGCUCCAACCCGCUGCUCUCCUCCGACAGCCAGCAGUUCAAACUCUCAGACUCCGGGGACCCCGAUAAAGACAAUCCCGGAUGCAAGCGGAGACGCACGAGGACGAAUUUCACGGGGUGGCAGCUGGAGGAGCUCGAGAAGGCUUUCAACGAGAGCCACUAUCCAGAUGUGUUCAUGCGGGAGGCGCUGGCUCUCAGGCUGGACCUGGUGGAGUCCAGGGUUCAGGUGUGGUUCCAAAACAGACGAGCUAAAUGGAGGAAAAAGGAAAACACGAAGAAAGGGCCAGGCCGGCCCGCUCACAACUCCCAUCCGACCACGUGCAGUGGCGAGCCCAUGGACCCCGAGGAGAUCGCACAAAGGGAGCGGGAGAGGGCCGAGAAGAAGAAACGGAAACAGGAGAGAAAGCUGCUGAAGUCGCAGAAUAAACUUCUGUCGGGUGAAAGCUUCCACACACCUGGAGGUUCAGAGAGCGACAGCGGCGUCUCCCAGUUCACCGACAGCGAGCAACAGCCGUCAAACGUGAACGGGACCAUUCACAUCGAACUGCCAGCAACAAACGGUGCAGGAGGACACCAAACCGAAACCAGCUGUGACCAAACACAACAUGACUUCAGUCAAAUACAAAGCCACCAAAGAACCGCGGGAGAGGGGGAACAGGUUUCUCCAGGCAGCACGCACAGCUCCAGUCCUGAAGGUCCGAGGUCCUCUGCUCUGCAGAAACGAAACCCUUUCAGCGUGGAAAGCCUCCUAGCAGACACCAUGCCUCGACGGAAAUCUCAGCUGGACUUCCCUUCGCUGCCUAAUCAGAGAGCACUGGUGGGUAAAGGCCACUUUUUGCUUUACCCAAUUACCCAUCAGCCUUUGGGUUUUCUAGUGCCCCAAACAGCGCUGAGAGUCCCGUCCUGUCAGGACAGCAUACACAGACUAGGACAACGGUGUGCUCCAAACGGAGGGAGUCCCACACCCUGUGACCUGUCCACCUUUGGCAGCGUCCCCAACCCUUUAGACUUGGACAGUAUGGAACGUAACACACAGCAUCACCACAGUCGCAAAAGAGUGGAGGAGAGGGACAGAGAGGAGUGUGGUGGUGACUGCAGCAGCAGCAGCAGCGUCCCCGCGUCUCCUUCACAAAGCAGCGGGGCUCCAGCGGCCUCAGCCAGGCUGAGCUGCACGCAGUCCAGCUGCACCAGCGAGGAGAAGAAGAGUUUGGAAGUUCAAACGGAGGCAAGAACCAACGACUGCCAGUCUGCAGAGAGCGACAGGGAGGUGCAAGCCUCUCCAGACCUCUCUGAGUGUCUGAAGCCAAACACAGACUGUCAAGAAAAGCCCGGCACAGAUGGAGAGGAUGUCGAUAUGGACUAACACUUGCAGGGAGCAAACAUAAACAAAGGAGCAGGACUAUAAAGACUAUUCAAACAUUCCCAAAGCUCUGCCGAAACCCUCUGAAACAUAUCAGGAAUCAGGAGACUUAAUCCUCAUCUAUUUUUUAAUCAUAAGGUGUGAUCAAGCUUCAUGGCCUCUGCAGGCUUACUGUGAACCUGUGAACAGUUUUUUUCACACAGGUUUCCACAACCUCUUCUUUUUUUGUUGGUGAACAGCUUGUAACAAAUAGGCUUCAAUAAAAACACACAACAAAGAUCCUCAGAUAUUGUAAAGAUUAGAAAAUGAUAUUUAUAUGUAAAACCUUUUGAUAAAUAAAGUUAUUGUUUAAAUUGAA